AUGCCUGUCUCGCCCCGUGGUCGCCCCGCCUCUGCCUUCUGCCCUCACCCACCACCUCCGCUCUCUCCCGCAGACAAUCGCACCAUGUCCUCACCGGGCGCCUCCGCCUCCUCCCCGCUUUCCUCAUUGAUGCCCAAACGCAAAACCAAAAAGAAGCAUUUUAUGCAACAAAAAGUGGAAGUUUUCCGAGCGAGCGACGCGGUUCUGGGCGUCCUCGUGUGGGGCGUCAAUCAUUCGAUGAGCGACCUGUGCCACGUCCCUGCACCUGCCAUCCUCCUCCCGGACGACUUCAAAGCCAACACCAAGAUAAAAGUCACCAACCAGUUUUUCAACAAAGAACACUUGCCGGGACAGUUCAAGUUCAAAGAAUACUGCCCCCUGGUGUUCAGAAACCUGCGUGAACACUUUGGCAUCGACGACCAAGACUUCCAGAUGUCUCUGGCGCGCUACUCCCUUCUCCGUCUGGAGGAGCCCCCCUGUGGCGGCCUCCUGCUUACCUCCUGUGACCGCACUCUGGUGGUGAAGGAGGUGUCCAGUGAGGAGGUGGAGGAGAUGCACAACAUUCUGUCCGAGUAUCACCAGCAUGUGGUCUUGUGUCGCGGCUCCACGCUGCUGCCUCAGUUUCUCUCCAUGUACAGAGUGAGUGUGGAGAGCGAGGAGACGUACCUCCUGGUCAUGAGGAACAUGUUCAGCCACCGCCUCACCACUCACCGCAAGUACGACCUCAAGGGGGCGAUGGGGUCUCGAGAGGCGAGCUGCAAAGAGAAGGUGAAGGAGCUGCCCACUUUCAAAGACACCGACUUCAAAAACAACCUCCAGAAAAUCUACUUGGACCAAGACGAGAAAGAGAAGCUCCUGGAGAAACUCAACCGAGACAUUGAAUUCCUUGUGCACUUGAGGAUCAUAGACUACAGUCUGCUGCUGGGCAUUCAUGACGUGGACCGAGCUGAGCGAGAGGAAGAGGAGGAGGAGGAAGAGGAGGAGGAGGAAGAGGAGCUCCCGGUGUCCAGCUCUCCUGAAGGCAUCGCUGGGUACAUGAACUCCUUCAAACCUCUGGGACCCGGAGAGUUCGACCCGUACGUGGACGUGUACGCGGUCCAGAGCGCACAGGACGCUCCGCACAGGGAGGUGUACUUCAUGGGACUCAUCGACGUCUUGACUCAGUACGACACCAAGAAGAAGGCCGCGCACGCCGCCAGGGCUGUGAAGCACGGGGCUACAGCCGAUAGCUCCAACGUGAACCCGGAGCAAUACGCCAAACGCUUCAAGGAGUUCGUCAGCACCAUGUUCGCCUGA